GGACCGUGGGUCAGGCCCGAGCAGGCCGAACGGCCCCUGGGAGACAAAGCGCAGAUGAGGCUAGCCGGACUCAGAGCCGCUUCCGCUGGAAAAAGAUUUUCUUUCCGGGCUGGCCAGGCGGCGGCCCGCCCCCCACCCCCCUCCGCCCCUUUGAGGCUCCCUGUGGGGUAAGGCGGCUCAACCGGCUCCCGUCGCCGCGCUGCUGCAAGCUUGGACGGGAGGGGCCUGGGUGCGGCCCCUAACUCCCGCGAAGUGGAGCGCCUGACCACGCCCCCGCAAAGUCUGUUACGUACUUUCACCCCCUGACCUUUGAGGAAGGAGAAUUCUGGAGCUUGAGGAAAUCAUUUUCCACUCCCAGCUAUAAAGGAAAGAGAUGGUUACCCACCACCGCGGCAACACCUCUAAGUCUUAUUUCCGCACUUCCUGUCUUCAGAUUCUGAAUUUUCUCCCUUUUCUUUGUUUCUCCUCUGGUGGGGGUUUGUAAGCACUGACUGCAGUUCUGGAUGAAGUUCCUUCUGUAGGUUUUGAGUCAACAGCUAUGAGUCAUCUUGGUAAUAUCGGGUUGGAUGCCUAAAGCUGCGGGAAAAAGGAUCAGGAGAACUUUCAGGAAGAAACUAUCCAACAAUUCAGAUAUGGCAGAAAUGAAGUCGAUGUUCCGGGAAGUUCUUCCAAAACAAGGGCAGUUGUCUGUAGAAGAUAUAACCACAAUGGUGCUGUGUAAACCCAAACUUUUACCCCUAAAAUCUCUGACUCUGGAAAAACUGGAGAAAAUGCAGCAAGCAGCACAGGAUACAAUUCGCCAACAGGAAAUGGCAGAAAAGGAACAACCGCAAAUAAGUCACUGAAUGAUAACUUAGCACUUCUGCAGAACACCCUACACCUUCCUUAUUAUUAACAAUAGCUAGAAAAUAACCUGCAUCUGUAUGCUGAAAGCAGUAUGUAUUAAUAAAACAUUUUAUUCCCAUAAUAUAAAAAUAAUCAAGAUUAAUAAAACUUGGGAUUGUGAAUUUAAACACUCUGGUUUGUACUGAACAGAAGCAAUUUUAAAACUCUGAACCCAGAUUUUGGUUUUUUUUUAACCCAAGUUUUUAGAACAAAUUAUUGUUCACCAUUCCUGUUACUAUCAUUUUUCUAGAUAACAUUCUUAGGCACAAGUGAGUAAAUGCACAGAGAAGCCUGUAAAUGUUUAUUAAAAACUGAAUUUGAAGAAUUUUGUGUCAUGACACAUUUAAGGCUAUCUUGCCUGACCAACUGAUCCUACUAGUAAUGACAAAACUGUAUUUUUUAAACAAAUUUAAUUUUUAAGAAACCCUCACCUAUCCAGUAGUUACCUAAGCUUUUAAUUAUACUGAUUUUAAGGACUUACCUGGCCACCUUCGUCUUCCAGGUAUCAAACACAAUUUUAAAACCCUAAAAAUGGAAAUUAAUAUGGACUUGAAAGAGCCCAUUAAGUAGAUAUGAACAUAAAAUUGGAAGUUUUCGUUCUAAAAGACUGUAGCUAAACCUGUAAUGGGUAUGUUCUAAGAAUACCUUUGUGAAUUCUGAACAUAAUUCUUGGUUGGUUUGCUGCAGUCAGUAUCAGACAAUUUAAAUUAGUAUGGACCUUGAGGCCUUGCUGAGUAUUCAGGCUUUGCAAAAGAGGUCAGAAAUGUGAUCAUUCUUUAGAUAAUUGUUAUUUAUUGGUAACUAUUUUCUCAGACACUGGGUAAAUGUAAAAACUAUGAGUCUUUGAAGAAUAAUUUUUUGUAACACAAGCAUUACUUGGUAAUAGAACUUAAGAAUUAUGAAAGGUAUAUAUGUUUUAGAAAUUUCAUUAAGCUCUAGAUAAGAUCAAAAACAGCUAAGUGUGCAAGUAUUUCCCACCAAGUAUAUUAUUAAAAUAAUUUAUUUACUACUGUACUCUUGUUUGAAAAGUUUGCUAGGAGCAAAGUUUAAAAUUCACUAGGUUCAGAUAUGCUCUUUUAUAUGACUUAAAAUUUGUUGUGUGAAAUAUGUUUUUUAAAAGCCCUAAAAUAAAUGUACUCCCAAUAAAGAAUCAA